CAAAUUUAUUUAAUCAUUAAGAAAAAUAAAGAAUCAUAAUAAUGUUGAAUUAGUAUUAAGCUGCAAAAAAAGAAAGAAAAAAUCAACGAGAACCAUUAUUGGCUAUUGUUAAUUAAAUAUAUAUUAAAAAAAAUUUAGAAAAUUUCCAGGCCAACUUUAUUAUUAAUUAAAAAAAAAAAGAGCUGAUAAUUAGUGUAGAAGAUAUACAAUUCGAUAUCUCCAAAGGAAAAAAAAAAAGGAAAACCCUAGAGAUUUAGAUAUAAGAAAUCUCUCUCUCACAGUUACAGAACGCAAUAGACAAUAUUCUCUUUUUUACCUUCGGCGUCAAGUUUUGUUGUUGCUUAAGGCGAAAGCUAUCAUCAUCACAACCGCAUGGAGAACGAUGGAGAGAGACCGUACUCUGUUCUAACGAGAGAUGAAGUUGAAGAAAAGAUGAAGAAACAGAUCGAUGAUAUCUCUGGAAUUUUCUUGAUGUCAAAGUCCGAUGCGACCGUACUCCUCAUGCGUCUCCGAUGGGACUCGCUUUAUGUUUCAGAUCGUUUGGGGGAAGACAAGGAGAAGCUGUUGACUGAAUCAGGUUUGAAAUCAGUUGCAGUACUUGAUUCGAAUCUUGAUUCAUCAUCUGAUGAUGAUGUUGUUGUCUCUUGUGGGAUUUGCUCUAAGAUUGGUGGUGAGUUUUAUGAGUUUUCUGGUGAGGGUAAAGUUGAUGAUGUUGAUGUUGAUUUGAUCUCCACGCCCUUUUGUGCUCACACGUUCUGCAAAAGUUGCUGGAGCGAGUAUCUCGAGAAGUGCUUCUUCUCUGUGGAGGAAAACAAAACUGCGAUCCCUUGUCCUCAUCGAGGUUGUCGGUCUGUGGUUGGACCGGACACAGUUGAGAAACUGACCUUACGUGAUCAAGAGAUGUACAAGAAGUAUGUUCUGAGAUCUUACCGUGAGGAGAACGGUGUAUUGAAGAUCAAACAGUGUCCUGCACUGAACUGCGAUUUCGAGGUUGAGUUUGAUCUGGAGAAAGAAGAUGACGAGCAUAGCUUAAACGUGGUGUGUCUCUGUGGUCAUGUCUUCUGUUGGAGAUGCAAGCUUGAGUCACACAGACCAGUGACCUGCAACAACGCUAAUGAUUGGUUGUCUAGAGACUUGAAGAACUUAUUAGAAGAAUCAAACAUAUCAUCGAGCCUCUCCUGGGUGGACAAGAACACGAAGACUUGCCCUCAUUGCUUUCGGCAUGUGCAGUUUCGUAGUUUUGGAUGGAGCAAUAUCGUAACUUGUGCCUGCAGUGGUCAAUUCUGUUGGAGGUGUUUGCGGCCAGCUGACGGUCACGUAUUUGGAGCCUGUGUUGCUACAAAACUUGAGAGCAGAGCAGGACCAGGGAUUUCGUGUUUGGAUCUCUGGGAUGCGAGUCAGAUUUCACUGGCGCUAGCUAAAUCCGAGCUAGAAGCUUUCGAACCGACUGAGUUGAAGGAGGAGCAAGACAUCAAGGUAAUAAGAGAAGGACUCAUGCUCAUUGUUCAGUGCAGACAGUUUCUUAAAUGGAUCUGUGUGUACGACUAUCUCCACACAGAUUGUGAUAUGGCCAAGAGAGAGUACCUGCGAUUCCUGAAAGAUCACGCGGCUACCCUUGUCCAGAGUUUCUCAGAGACUGUAAAGAAGGAAGCAGACAGGGCCAAAACUCUUGGUUGCGAGAGGGUCAAGUUAUCCACUGACAUAAGCAACAUUGGGAACUACUUUUACCAUUUCGUCAACACUUUGCGAGAUGGUUUGGUCGAGGUGAAGGCCAAGUCAUACGACAACUAUGGUGGUCCUUAUUGGUUGUGUGAUCGCUGCACUUAUGGGAACUCUUGGUUCAGCAAGAAGUGUAUCAUGUGCGUUGAUCCUACUGCAACCAAUGUGUCCUGUGAUCCUACUGCAGCUAAUAUGUACUGUGAUGAUACUGCAUCUGAUGUGUCCUAUGAUGAUCCUGCAUCUAAUGCAGACGAGCUAAGUGAUUCAUCUCUUUAUUAGGUUUCUGAAAAGAUAAACAAAAGAUUUUAGGAGAGAGGAAGAACCUUGCUAUUUAAGUUCUUAUGAUUCUUUUUUUUCUUUCUUUCGUUCUGUUUUAGGAGGUUUUUGUAUUGGACUACCAAAUUUUAAAGUCGAAAUUGAUUUUGUUUUUUCUUUCUUAAUAGUUGUUCACUGUUACAAUGCUUUGUGAUAGGCAACGUUUCUUUCUACCUUUAUGGCCUCUUAUGUUCUCAAACUGCAGAAGAGAAAAUGUGGUUCUGUUGUUGUCUUUUAUCAUGAAUUUGCAUGACCAGUGGGAUCACAUCCUCAUUAAAGGAAACAGUGGAUUCUCUAAAGAGAAACUGAAGGAGACAUAUGCAGGAAACUGCAGGGGGGAAGUGUUUUAAGAUUAUAUAUACGUUCAAGUGCAGAGUUACAGUUUUGCCUAGGGUCUAAACACAGUAAUGUAAGUGCCAAGUUUGGUGGAUUCUAAAUACAGGAAAGCUUGUUGUAGAAUGAGUUACAGUGUCAGUACAACGUUUCUUCUACCUUCAUGGUUCUUAUGUCCUCAGACUCCAUGGAAAAAGAUGUGAUCCUGUAGUUGUGUACUUGUGUUGUUCCAUUCCUCGCUCUAUACUAGUUUUGUUCUCAAGAACUGAAACCCCUGAAGAUACUUGUAUCACUGUAUAAACCGAAUUGGACAAAAGAAAAACAGAACAAGAAGUGACGUGCAUCUACAUGAGCAAUGAGAUCACAUCAUCAUUACUCAUCAGAAUAACACUGAUCUUUUUAUUUACACGCUCUUGAUUAAUUUUGGAUCAUUAUAGAGAUUAAAAUCCCUUUGCCUUUAAUUUACACAGUCGAGAUACAACCAAAACUGUGUAGGGAUUUUCACAAUAAGAUUUUAAGAUGCUUGGUUUAUGGAGACAAAGAACUCGCUUUUGGUGCCAUGAUCUAUCCAUGUCUUUAAGGUGAAAACAUGGCUAAUCUUUUUUUUUUUAAUGAGAUUUAUCAGUAAACAGAGAUAAAUGGAAAGAUUCUAAGCUGCUCAAAUACGUGGGGGAGCUUCAAUGUUUAUAAGCAGAUUUGAGAUCGGCUGAUUAGAGAUGGUGCAAUUUUACUUUUUCUUGUAAGAACGUGUUACAGUAUUUGAA